UCCUUGAUUUGGGGUUUUCUCGAGGGUUUAUUAUCACAAACUCGUAUUUUCUCCGUGGCCUCUCAGGCCUGGAGAGGCUUGCUAUUCACGUCAGCGUACUAUUGAGUUGAUAAGAUGGAUCGUGUGGUCUCCUCCCUGAUUCUGUCUCCGUCUCUUUUCUGCGUCCUCUCAGGCCCGAAGCUGCAGGGCUCUCUGGAAACCUGCCAUGACAUUUGGCUGCCAGCGCUCCGUCGGAAGGUCAAAGGUGCACAUUUAAUGGAAAUGCAGAAAACCAGUGCGACCCAAAACCCCCAGAAGCACCACGACUUCUUCUUCAGCGAGUCUCUGGUGGAGGAUGUCAGCGGGUUCGGGUGCGCAGCCGCACACCAGCAACUGGCUCAAGUGGAGACGUUUGCACGCGCGUUUCCCAGGAGGUCAAAACAGCAAAACCCCAAGUUCCCUGUGAGCAAAAAGAUUUUCCCCUGGAUGAAAGAGUCCAGACACUCAAGUCCGACUCCUGGCACGAGACUCGCAGACUGCGCCGUCAACGAGAAGUGUCCAAGCGCGACCCCGCUGGCCUCCAAGAGGACGCGCACCGCGUACACGAGCGCGCAACUGGUGGAGCUGGAGAAGGAGUUCCACUUCAGCCGCUACCUGUGCAAGCCGCGGCGGGUGGAGAUGGCCGGCCUGCUGAACCUCCACGAGAGGCAGAUCAAGAUUUGGUUUCAGAACCGGAGGAUGAAGCAGAAGAAGGACGAGAGAGUGCAGGGCCUCGCCGCCACCCCCCCGUCCUCCCCCUCCGCCCCGGGCACCCCCACUCUGUCGAGCCUGGGUUAUGUCCAUCUGGGCGGGGAUUACCAGCCGGCCUCCCCUCCGCUCAAGUCCCAACAACUCCUCCAGUCCCAGGCUGCGUACCCGGCAGAGUACUCCAAAUAUGCAGCUCCAGGCUUCACGCACGAGCCGCAGUUUAUUGCGCAACACGACACGCACACCACCUCACGCACAACAGACCCAAAUGAGGAUCUCAACGGGUCGUUUUUCUCACAAAGCUGCACUCAGGACAGAAUCAUGCAAGCUCCAAAACUGACUCAUCUGUAGCAGAAACACGUGAUCUCGACUCUCCAAAAAACAACUUUCCGUUUAAUUUAUAGAAGAUCUGUCCUGAUGCAUG